AUGCCAGAAGGCCAAGAUCAUUUGCUACCCGUCCAAAAAGAACCAAAAACCCGGAGCCAGAAGACCUUGAGGAAAACCCUGAAAGGCACAGCAACUCUCUCCAAUCUCCUUCCCACGGGCACGACCUUCGUCUUUUCGCUUCUCUCUCCUGUUUUCACUAACAAAGGCCAAUGCACCAGCUUUCUCACCCACAUCCUCACCAUAUGCCUUCUUGCAGUCUGUGCGACUGCAUGUUCCCUUUUAUGCUUCACUGACAGUGUCCGGGACGCAAAAGGCAAGGUCCGGUAUGGAUUCGCCACAACUAAGGGGCUGUGGGUGAUUGCUGCGUCAUUGAAGCUCUCACAAGCUGAUGCAGAUAAAUAUAAGUUGAAGGCGAUCGACUAUUGGCACGCAUUCAUGUCGGCGCUGGUCUUUAUGGCCGUCGCGUUUUUUGAUCAGAAUGUGAUCAAGUGCUUCUUCCCAGUGGAGUCGGAGCUGGCCAAGGGGCUCCUGGAGGCGGUGCCUUUGGCAGUCGGAGGUGUUUGUUCCAUCUUCUUUUUGCUGUGUCCAACUACACGCCAUGGAAUUGGCUUUCCUCUUUCACGUGAGAAGUAG